AUAUUGAGUAUAAUAUUGCAUCCGAUAUUGAUAAUGAAUCCACUUCAAUGCACGUAUCCGAAGAGAUGAAAAAAAUCAAGGCUGCGGAUUUUAUAGAAAAGAAUUCAGACUGUAACACUGACAAGGUAAAUUCGCUAGCAGGUGCAUUGAGAAUAAUAAAAUCUGUAAUACGUGAAAAUCAUAAGAAAACACUGAUGGAAACCGUGAACAUAAAUGACGCCCACGGCAGAAUAUUGGCUGAAGAUAUAUAUUCGGAACACAAUGUGCCGACAUUCAGGACUGCCGCUAAACAUGGAUAUGCGGUAUUAGCCAGUGACAAGCGGGGUAUAAGGAAAAUACUGAGAAAAGAUUCGAAGAAAAAUCCGAAUGUACUCCGAUCUGGCACGUGUAUGAUGGUAAAAACUGGAGCACGUAUUCCCGAUGGAGCAACAGCGGUCGUAUCAUUGAAGGAUGUCAGAAAAGUAGACUGCAAUGAUAAUAAUAAAGAAAAUAUUGGUAGAAAUAUUGAUGACUGUGAAAAAAAAUUUGACAUCGAGAUCUUAAUCACUCCGCAAGAAAAUGAUAAUAUUAAACCUGUAGGCUAUGACAUAAAGGAAGGAAUGCACGUUCUACAGAAAUGCACUCGUAUCGGACCAGCAGCAAUGAGUAUUUUGACAUUAUGUGGACGUGAAAAAGUUAUAGUUUUUAAAGUUUUAUCCGUAGGUAUAUUAUCCGUCGGAGAUGAAUUGGAAGAACCUGACACCCGCCCUUUAAAAUCAAAAUGCGUCUACGAUGGUAACAGGAGAAUGUUAAUGUCAUUAUUAAAGGAACACGAUUUCAAUCCUGUGGAUUACGGAAUUUCGCCUUAUAAUGCAAGUAGCUUAAUAUCAAACAUUCAGAGAGCGAUAAAAGAAGUGAAGAUACUCGUAAUAUUAGGCGGUACGAACAACGAAGAUAUAGUGAAGCCUGUUUUAAAGGGACAUUUUAAAGCUAAUAUGUAUUUCGAUCGCGUGAAUAUAAAACCAGGAAAAUCGACCGCAUUAGCAAAAAGUACGUUCGAGAACGAAGAUAAAUAUUUCUUCUGCAUGUCGGCAAGUUUUUCAACCGUACCCAUCAUGGCGCAUGUAUUACUUCUACCAUUUCUGAUCGGAUUACGCUGCGACUUUUCCCAUCAAUAUCCCGUCAUACUGUCUUGCUUAGACUCAGAGAUCAAAUUGCAUCAGCGUCCGCAACUUUCAUGGGCGAAAUUAGAAUGGAACGACGAUGAUACUUUUCCAAGGGCUUACACUCCCACAAACAAUUUGGGACAUUGUUGUAACAUACUCAAAUAUGAAAAAUCUAAUGCAAUUCUAAUAUUGCCGUGUCGUUCACAAAAAACAAAUGACAUAAUUUAUACAUAUAAAUCGUUAAUCCUUAAUCAAUAUGAAGUCAUGCAUCUGAUAUGGCGAGGUCAUGGAUAAUUAAUCCUUGAUUCCCUAAUAUUGGACUCCUAAAUUGAUCAAGUUCAAGUUUUGCAUAAAAGCGUGACUGUUAGAGAAUAAAUUGUAUUUACGUAGUUCAAAAUACGUUAUUUAUUUUAAUGCCGUAAAUAAAUAGGGAAAAGAAACAGAGAAAAGAAACAGGGAAUAUAAUUAUUUAUCUUGUUAAUAUAAUUUAAUCGAUUAGAUUUUUUUACAAUACCUGAUAUGACGAAUACGAGAAUUUGAAAAACUUCGAAAAAUGUAACUAUGUAUUUUUAAAUUAAAUAAAAUAGAACAAAGUUGAAUAAGUAAUUUGACGAAAGAUUGUAAUAAUCCGCUAAUAAUAAUUCGCUUAACUAAGCAACAUUUUCAGUAUUAUAUAUCUGUAACUUGUUGCUGCUGUUGUAAUUAAUUGUAACUAUAAAAGUCACUUCUAGAAUGCUUACUUAAGAAUUCAUUGUGCUGGUUAAGGAUUAAAAUAUAUUUUUUCAAGCGAUUAA